AUGGGGUCUCCGCCAGAGUAUAUAAGACGCCGCAACAGUACCAUGUUUAUUGGGCAGCCACCUUUCGGGUUCGAAGGCACCGAUGAUUGUCCCGGCGACACGUACGUGAACUUCUUGCCGCCAAGGACACCACCGCCUGAGAUGCUCUACCACGAGCGGGGACACACCCCGUAUGCGGACUGUACCUCAAGCAGCGCCGUCCCCCAGCAUGCUUGGCCUUCUCGUACAGAUUUGAAGCCUGUCGACACCGUCCCAACACUCUUCUCAUCACCGCAUGUGGUCUCGCGGCGGAGGACCAGUGGAGAUGGCACCGACAUGCCGAACAUCAGCCGCCUCAACCUCGGUGGCGUCAGCGAUGCGACAUACACGGAUGUGGACGCUAUGGGACGAGGUUUAGACGGAUCGAACAUGAAAGCCGACCUUGGAUAUUCUCCUCUUCGUCUGCAGACUGAGCUCGAGCUGCGCAAGAUCGAGAGUCAGACGAGCGUCACCGGCGAGUGCACCCCUCCAGUGCCUGAGGAACAACUUUACCGCCGCCAGACGGUGAACAUGAAAUAUAUCGAUGCCAGACACGGUGCACCUGCGACACCUCUCCCGAUAGAUUUGAACCUUCGGAGGGCCCCCGUCCAAAUUGCGUUCCUCGGGGCUCAUGGUGAUUUUAGAGUCCAGAGAGUAGAUUAG